AUGCACCUCCCUACUCUUGUCACUCUCGCCUGCAUGGCCGUUAGCGCCAGUGCAUUCCAUUACCCGGACUUUGUCCCAUUGCACCGUCGCCAGGAACCCGGUACGCCUGAAUACGAUUGCCAUGCAAACUGCGGGGGGGUAAUUGUUGCUGCUCGUAAAGACGGCUACUGCGAUACCGACACUUUCAAAACUGAGUUAUCUGACUGUCUCAACUGCGCCCUCAAGUACGACAUCUGGAAGUAUUACGGCGCGUCCGUUUCCAAGGCCGCUACUGGAUGUGGUGUGGACGCCACCCCUGUCGAAGCGUCCUCCACUACGACUACUGCAGCUGCUAGCGCCAGCGCUACUGAAACCGGAAGCCCAAUCACCUCAUCCGCGUCGUCCACUUCGACUGACACCGCUGCAACCACGGGUGUAACGUCUGCUGCUUCUAGUGCUGUGCCCAGCUCUAGCGGUGCGGCUAGCUCGACACCCGCGGCCUCUACCGUUGCUUCCUCUGCGACACCUUCCCAGAAUUCGACUGGUGGCGCUUCGCCAACUCUGGAUGUCUCGCCGUGGCGUUUUUGUAAAGGGAUCCUGACUCUUUCAUGUGAUGCUGCCAGGGGAAGUGGUCAGGCAAAAUCACAGAUUGUACUUUACUGUAAACAUCUAUCUCUAAUCACAUCGAAUAUGUAA